AUGCUGAAAGUAACGGCCAGUCGCGGGUCAAUCUGUGGUCCUCUCAGGGCUAUCUCUUCUUUUCAUACUUCUGCAUAUGCUCUCUUAGAAUCAACUGACUCAGUGAAGUCAGGUGCUACUUCUACUGCUCCUACUCGUUCCAGUCGGAGCACAAGAUUCACUGAUAAGCUUAACAAGGGUCCCUCUUUUGAAGAUUUCCUUUCCAAAAAGGCUGCUAGUGAUCCUACUUUGUUAGAUCCAGUUGUCGCUGCUAGAAAGUCUGAAGACGCUAGACUUCCAAAAUGGCUGAAGACUGAAAUCCCCAAGGGCAAGAAUUUUCAUAAAUUAAAAGAUGAUCUUCGAGGAUUAAAACUGCAUACUGUCUGUGAAGAAGCCAGAUGCCCAAAUAUUGGUGAAUGUUGGGGUGGUUCCGACAAGUCUAAAGCCACUGCUACUAUCAUGUUGAUGGGUGAUACCUGUACUAGAGGAUGUAGAUUCUGCUCUGUCAAGACCAAUCGUAAUCCUUCUCCAUUAGAUCCUAAUGAACCUGAAAACACAGCAGAAGCUAUUGCCAAAUGGGGUCUUGGAUAUGUGGUAUUGACUACUGUCGAUAGAGAUGAUCUCAUUGACGGAGGUGCUUAUCACUUUGCCGACACUGUCAAGAGAAUCAAGAAGAAGGCGUCUCAUAUUCUUGUUGAAUGUCUGACUGGUGAUUUCAGGGGUGAUUUGAACAUGGUCAAGAUAAUGGCUACCUCAGGAUUAGACGUUUUUGCUCACAAUGUCGAGACUGUUGAGGAUCUGACCCCGUAUGUUCGGGACCGUCGGGCCACUUUCCAACAAUCUUUGGCUGUAUUGGCACAUGCCAAGCAAUCCAAUCCCGACGUCUUGACCAAAACAUCUGUCAUGCUCGGAUUUGGCGAGACCGAUGCCCAAGUCGAAGAUACUCUACAGCAACUGCGUAAAGCCGACGUCGAUGUCGUUACCUUUGGACAGUACAUGAGACCCACCAAAAGACACAUGAAGGUUGCCGAGUACGUAACGCCCGAAAAGUUCCAACACUGGCACGACCGUGCCAUGGAGCUCGGAUUCAAGUAUUGUGCCAGCGGCCCUCUCGUCAGAUCCUCCUACAAAGCCGGCGAGGCCUUCAUCGAGAACAUGCUCAAGAACAAGCAAAAGCUGGCUGCCAGCGCCUCUGCCACCACCUCUGCCUCCUCAGCCACUGCUACUGCUUAG